CACGGAAAUGAGAGACUGGAUGCGGCCCUUUCUCGUUUUCUUCUUAGUUGGCCUAGUCGAUAAUGCCGCCUGUUAACCCUCAGAUACUCGGUAAGUUAGAACAUUCUCAGAAUGUACUCGAGACACCGCCAUCAGGACAUCCAACUCCUGCUAAACUCCCAUCUCGCAAUCCAACCCGCUCCUUCUGGAUUGAUUCUUCCCCGGACGUCAAUCCACUCGCUGGCCAAGGCAGCCAAGAUCCUCUGCCUAGCGAGGCAGACAUCUGCAUCAUCGGGGCUGGUUUCACUGGCGUUGGCGUCGCGUACCAUCUUAUCGAACUCUUGAAUAAUGCCUCGCUUUCUAUCAAACACUCGCUCAGUAUCGUGAUACUCGAGGCGAGAGAUUUCUGCUCAGGAGCGACCGGAAGGAAUGGUGAACAUCUUACACCGGCUGCGUUCACUAGGUUUGCUCAACGUCGGGCAUCAUUUGAUACGGUCGAGGCAAUUAAGUCAUAUGAACUGGAGCAACACACCACUUCUCUGCUCGUCAAGAUCAUAGAGGAGAAUGGCUGGGCGAGCGACGUCGACCUCGUAGAAGGUGGACACAUAAGUCUCUUGUUCACGGAGAAGGAGGCAAAAAACGCGCACAAUGACUUCGAUAUGGCACGUCAAGCACAGCUCAAUCUAGAUGGUGUGGAAUGGCUCUCGAAGGAGGAACUCGAGAAGGAAUAUGGCGUCCCUUACCCAGGAUUCCGCAGGCCAGGGUAUAAUGUCUGGCCGCUAAAACUUGUCACAAAGUUGUACCAGCAUGCUCAAGCACACGCUAGGCAAUACGCCUCCCUCAGCUUGCACACUCGGACGCCGGUGACUGCAGUCACGCAUGAAACGACUUCCACUUAUACAGUCGUGACGAACCGGGGUAGCAUAUCGUGCUCCCGUAUCGUCCAUGCUACAAAUGGAUAUGCCUCUCACCUUCUUCCCUUCCUCACGAGCCCAGAUGGAAUUAUACCCGCUCGAGGACAAGUAAUGACCACCCGUGCUUCUGUCGGUACUGAUCAAAUUAAGAUAUCGAGCUGGAGUGGAAACAAAGGGUUUGCAUACUGGUUCCCCCGACCCGUAACACGCGACACCGAAAAACCGUUGAUCAUCAUCGGUGGUGGCCAGGAAGCUGCGGCACCCAGUCGUGAGCUAUAUGUGGACGACGACUCUGAAACGCACCCUCUCGUUGGGAAAGCGCUCCGCGAGUUCUUGCCAUCUAUAUUUGAAGGUAAAUAUGACCCUCAUUCGGAGCCUGAGAUGGAAUGGACUGGAAUUACGGGCUACACGAAGACGGGGGAUCCAUUUGUACGUCCAAGUAACUCUUGCAACUACUGUUGGUUGAUGUACCCCUCGCCAGGUUGGUGCCGUAGCAGACUUACUCGCAGCGAAUCCAGAUAGAGACCUGUACAAGAAACAGUACAUCGCUGCAGGAUAUACUGGUCAUGGAAUGCCGCGCGCAUUCGGAUGUGCCGAAGUUAUCGCGCAAAUGAUUCUAGCUGAGAUUUCUGAUAAAGAGUGGAAGGAACCCAAUUGGCUUCCACAACGUUAUCUGACAUGGAAUAGACGAGU